CAGCCGCAGCCGGGCUCCGCCGCCAGUCCACGACAGACGCGCGCGCGGGCCGCACGCUCGCGACAUGGCCGGUCGGAAUUCGCGCUAACCAAUAAAAGUUUAAUUAGUAAAACAAAAUGUCAUUCCGGCGACUACUGAGUGCGGUCCGGUCAGCGCGGGAAGCCAUCACCCGAGGAGCUCCGAUGGCGGACGGACUGUUGAAAUCUUUGUUAUCAGUUAUUGUUAUAUUUUGCAUCGCGGUGUCGUCGCCACCCUCGGCGUCUGCGAAACCGUUUGCGUUCAGUUUUCCUGCGGGAUGGUCACUCGCCGGCCUGGUGGGCACUGUGGGGGCGCGCUCUGAGGAUGCCGAGCGGAGAGAACCAGCAGCGGGAGCGAAGCCCUACACGGGGCGACGCAUCGCCAACGACACGCUGCGGAUGGUGUACCACCACGACCUGACCGUGGCCGUGGUAGAGCUGGGGCCCAAGAAGUUGCUUCUCAAUUGCGAACUCAUCGAGACACAUGACGAGGAGGACACGGGCCGACUGCUGCGGCAGCUGAGCAGGAUAAACAGGCCGCUCGGAGUCACCUUCCCGCAGAUGGUCAAGCUCAUGUCGCAGUGCCAGCAGGUUGCAGGCGUAGAAGCUUUAGACGAGAGUGACCAUCCAAUCCUUGGUAGUAGCGGUGGAGGCUGGCGGGAAACCGGCACCGCUCGAGCCCGGCUAGAUGCUGGUGGCGCACACGCUGGGCUGUUAGGGGGCAGUCCACUCACAUUACUGCAAGGAAUUAUACCAGGUACAAAGUGGUGCGGCACGGGUGACAUAGCCACAGACUACCACGACCUGGGCGCGGACAGGCGCCUGGACCGCUGCUGCCGCACGCACGACCUCUGCCCCACGAAGGUGCGCGCCUUCUCCAGCCGCUACAACCUCACCAACAACUCACUCUACAGUAAAUCUCACUGUACUUGUGACGACAUGCUCUUCGAUUGCCUCAAGACCACCAACACCUCCGCCUCACACCUCAUGGGACACAUCUACUUCAACAUCGUUCAAGUACCCUGCCUCGAGGACGUCGACAACGCUCGACGAUUUCGUAAUGCUAGGUUGGGAUUUUAACUCCAUCUAGUGGAGAAUAGCGGAAUUAUACUCAUCAGCGCCAUCUAGUAGUCACGAUAGUGUGUCAUGCAUGCACAGAUUUUUUUGAUGCUGUAAAUUUUGCAUUUUACGUAAUUUAUCUUCUUGUUAUUCUCUAAUGAAUGUGAUUGUAAAUAAUUAUUAAAUUUUAAUAAUGUUCUUAUAAACAUUAGACAUCAAGCUGUGAUACGUCUGUGCCUUUAAAUGUACUAGAGAGUAUUUUGUUAGAGGAUGGCGCUAUACAAAUAAAAAACAUUGUUUUAAAUUAAUAGGUAGAUUCUAAGAUAUUUAUUUAUUUGUUACAAAUAUUCAUGACAAAGAUACAGAUUCUCUAUUGUUAUAAAUAGUCACAAGAGUUUAAUAUCUGUUUAUGAAUACAAAGAAAUUUUAUAAUAAUUAUAGAGAAAUAAAUGUGUUAGUUCAUACCAAAUAAAAUAUUUAUUUUAA